CAAUCAGCCUUGUAAAAAGUGACAUCACAUAUCUCCAGGUCAUGUGACCAAGUUAAGCAUCUAUUUAUAAAAUAGAUCAGAAGCAACAAUUUACAUUGUACAAGCAAAGUAAAUCAUUAGAUUACUUUCACCUAUCAAGAUCACGUCUCAACAAUGCUACGACUGGUUUUGGUGGCUGUAGCCUUGACUAUGGCCACGUGUAGUACCGAGGCCAACUGGGUGAUUUUUAAAGCCAAACAUAACAAAACUUACUCUGGGCAAGAAGAAGUGAGAAGAAGAAAAAUCUGGGAAGACAACUUGCUGAAGAUUGAACAGCACAAUGAACUCUAUGCUAAAGGUCUUUCUAGUUUUUACCUCGGGGAGAAUAAAUAUUCAGAUAUGCUUCAUGAAGAAUUUGUGCGCGUGAUGCUGGGUUUUCGUCCGGGUCAUCCGCUCCAUCCAGACAACUUCACCAGUAGUCAAUUCACCAGUGUACUCCCUGCUUCUGUGGACUGGAGGAAACAUGGCUACGUUACCAAAGUGAUGGACCAGGGUCAGUGUGGGUCGUGCUGGGCAUUCUCUGCUACAGGCGCCCUGGAAGGUCAGCAUUACAAGAGCACCGGAAAACUUGUUGCCCUUUCCGCCUCAAACUUAAUGGACUGCUCUCAGAAGUUUGGUAACUGGGGCUGUUCUGGUGGAUUUAUGGACAACUCAUUUCGUUACGUCAUUGCCAACAAGGGCAUUGACACAGAGGCAAGCUAUCCUUAUAAACCUGAGGAUGGUAAAUGUAAAUUUACUAAAGCAAAUGUCGGAGCCACUGAGAAAUCUUUCAAAGACUUAGAAAGUGGAAGUGAAGAUGCACUACAACAAGCUGUAGCUACGAUUGGUCCAGUCAGUAUCGCCAUGGACGGCCUUCACGCUUCAUUUCAACAAUAUUCUGGAGGUGUGUAUAAUGAACCCGACUGUAGUACAUCCAAUGUAAACCAUGCGAUGCUUGUCGUAGGAUAUGGAACUCUUAAAGGCGAUGAUUACUGGAUUGUUAAAAACAGUUUUGGCACUUCAUGGGGUAUGCAAGGCUACAUGUUAAUGUCCAGAAAUAAGAACAAUCAGUGUGGUAUAGCCACAAUAGCCAGCUACCCCAUAGUCUGAGCAUCAAAGACACAUUUGUGCACUUUGGGUAGAGUUUUCAUAAACUGUUGCCUUUAAAGCAGAGUCAAAUGAUUUAAACAAAUAAAAUGACAAAGGUUU